AACACAAAUCCUUCUUUCUAAUCCUAAAAAAAUGGCUUCACAAAAACCAAAUCCCUAAAAACAUCCUCUUCUAAAUUCCAUUUCCACCACUCUCAUUUUCAAAAAAUGAGAUAAGGUCACAAAACAAAUAUCUCAACUUCACAUUCUACUCUCCUCUAAUGGCUACAUCUCUUUCUUCUGUAAUUCACAUCACAUUUCUUGACACCAAAACAACACAAAGAAGAUUCAUCACUCCUUCAAAAUCUCAUAGAAAAUUUCUCGUAAAUUCAUCAAAAUCUACUCCAGAUACACCUCUCACACCAAUUUCCGACAACAAAAAAAACUCAUCUUUAUCCGACCAACUUGCUUCUCUUGCAAACACAACCUUAUCCACUGUCCCAGAAGACCAACCCGAAAUCUUAUCAAAACCAAAUCCAACAUGGGUCAAUCCCACUAAAGCUAAACGUCCUAUGUUGUCUCAGCAGAAACAAAAACGUUCUUCUGUUUCAUAUAAUCCACAGUUAAGAGAGUUUCAACAGUUUGCUCAGAGAUUGAACAACUGUGAUUUGUCUAAUGAAGAAGAAUUUAUGGCUUGUUUGGAAGAAAUUCCAACAACUUCACUUAGUAGAGUAAAUGUUCUAUUGGUGCUUAAUAGUUUGAGACCAUGGCAGAAGACUUAUAAGUUCUUGAAUUGGAUCAAGAGUAAGGAUUUGAUUCCUAUGGAAACUAUAUUUUAUAAUGUUACAAUGAAGUCUUUGAGAUUUGGGAGACAGUUUGGGAUUAUAGAAGAGCUUGCACUCCAGAUGAUUGAUAAUGGGAUUGAAAUGGAUAACAUUACUUACUCAACUAUUAUAAGUUGUGCUAAGAAGUGUAAUCUUUUUGAUAAAGCUGUGCAUUGGUUUGAGAAGAUGUACAAGAUGGGGUUGAUGCCUGAUGAGGUAACUUUUUCGGUUAUUUUAGAUGUUUAUGCUAGGUUAGGUAAGGUUGAAGAAGUUGUUAGUUUGUUUGAGAGAGGGAGGGCAACUGGGUGGAAGCCUGAUCCGAUUACAUUUUCGGUGUUGGGGAAGAUGUUUGGGGAGGCUGGUGAUUAUGAUGGGAUUAGAUAUGUUUUGCAGGAGAUGAAGUCUCUUGGAGUGCAGCCUAAUUUAGUUGUGUAUAAUACUUUGUUGGAAGCAAUGGGUAAGGCGGGGAAGCCGGGGUUUGCGAGGAGCUUGUUUGAAGAAAUGGUUGAUUCGGGGAUAGCUCCGAAUGAGAAGACUCUAACUGCGGUAAUUAAGAUAUAUGGAAAGGCUAGGUGGUCUAAAGAUGCUUUGGAAUUGUGGAAACGAAUGAAGGAAAACGGUUGGCCUAUGGAUUUUAUGUUGUAUAAUACAUUGUUGAGUAUGUGUGCAGAUGUUGGAUUACUCGAAGAAGCUGAAACUCUGUUUAAAGAUAUGAAACAGUCUGAGUAUUGCAAGCCAGAUAGUUGGAGUUACACGGCUAUGCUAAACAUAUAUGGGAGUGAAGGAGAUGUGGUUAAGGCAAUUAAAUUGUUUGAAGAGAUGUGUAAGUUAGGUAUUGAACUCAAUGUGAUGGGGUGUACUUGUUUGAUUCAGUGCUUGGGAAAGGCCAUGGAAAUUAAUGAUUUGGUCAAAGUUUUCAACAUUUAUGUUGACAGAGGAGUUAAGCCAGAUGAUAGAUUAUGCGGUUGUUUGUUAUCUAUUGUGUCACUUUCUCAAGGUAGCAAGGAUCAAGAAAAAGUCCUUGGUUGUUUGCAGCGAGCUAACCCGAAAUUGGUUGCCUUUAUUCAACUAAUUGCUGAUGAGGAAACUAGUUUUGAGACUGUCAAGGAAGAGUUUAAGAGUAUAAUGAGCAAUGCUGUGGUUGAGGUGAGAAGACCCUUCUGCAAUUGCUUGAUUGACAUAUGUAGAAACAAAGAUCUCCUAAAAAGAGCCCACGAGUUGCUCUACUUAGGGACUUUAUAUGGAUUCUACCCAACUUUGCACAACAAAACACAAUAUGAAUGGUGUUUAGACGUUCGAACAUUGUCGGUUGGGGCAGCUCUAACUGCACUUGAAGAGUGGAUGGCUACACUUGCCAAAAUUGUUAAGCGAGAUGAGGCAUUACCGGACUUACUCCUAGCACAAACUGGUACCGGUGCUCAUAAGUUUGCACAUGGACUCAAUAUUUCUUUUGCCUCUCAUUUGAGAAAAUUGGCUGCUCCAUUUAGGCAGAGCGAGGAUAAAGUCGGUUGUUUUAUUGCCACGAAAGAAGAUUUAGUCUCCUGGGUGGAAUCAAACUCACCGUCGGAAUUUGUUGCAACAUAAGAUGGUGGCAAAGUUCGAUGACAUUCACUUUUUUUGUUGUAGCUAAUACAUAUAUAAGUGAUUUUUGGUAUCACUAGAAAUGUAACACACCCUAAAAUCUAGUACUCCUUUUCAUUUUUGGUAGAUUGCAUUAUUUAAGUUUUGGUAGAUAUUUGGAUGCUUGAAAGAUGUCAACAUGAAAAUAUUUAGGUGUUUAAUGAUGUCAUUGUAACAAUCUGUUGUGUAAUUUCGGUUCUAGAGGUAUGCAGCAAACUCAAAUUAUGUUUUAUGAAUUUCAAUUAAAAAUAGUCUUUCACUCAA